AAAUCCAAGUUCCGUUCGAUAAAUUCAAGAUGGAGGAGAGUGACAGGUCCUCCGCAUCAACACCAGAAAUAUUGUCAUAUUCUGCCGACGAAGAGCCUUUAGAGCUUGCAAAGAAAGCUGGAAAGAAAAAUUUGUUACAAUGGAUGGAAAUUACAGUAUCAGAACCAGAGAAAAAAACUGUUACUUCCAUGAAAGUUCAGGAUACAUUUUAUGUGUAUCUUAUAGAGACAAGAAUUACGGACAACAGUUUGGCAUGCAAAGGUGAUGGAACAACAUCCUUAUGGAGAAGAUAUAAUGAGUUUGAGUUGUUAAGGAACUACUUGGAAUGUACCUAUCCUGCACUAGUCAUCCCUCCACUACCUGAGAAAAAGCCAUCGUACCUUUGGCAAGGAGCACCAACAGAUAAAUUUGAUCCAGAAUUUGUUGAAAGACGACGAGCUGCACUGGAGAUUUUCCUGUUAAGAUUAGCAGCUCAUCCAAUUUUAAGUCAAGACAGAAUGUUUAUAUCAUUCCUGCAACAGGAUGAAGGUUGGAAAGAAACAAUCUACUCAACAGACUUUCAGAGCAAAUCUGAAUCAAGGUUAAAGGCAUUAAGUGCUGCAUACAGAUUGAAAAAGCCAGAAAAGAGAUUUGAGGAGCUGAAGAACUACAGUAAUGAAUUAGAAAGUAAUAUAGCCAACCUACUAAAGAUAAGAGCUAGAAUGGCAGACAAGGUUUAUGGUAUACAUAAAGUGCAUUCCAACUAUGGCAGAGUUUUCUGUGAGUGGAGUGGUAUUGAGAAAGAGAUGGCAGAACCUUUGAAAAGUUGUGGACAUUAUAUGAACGUUUAUGGACAGACUGUAGAGGGUAUAUUAGAAGAAGAGGAACAAUAUGCUGAUCAAUUGAAAGAAUACAUGGCAUUUGCUGAUUCUUUAAGGACAGUGUGUAGAAAGUAUGAAUGCAUGCAGUAUGAUUUUGAGAGAGCUGAAGAUAAUCUAGCAAACAAACAAAUACAAAAAGAACAACUAAACCUAGGAAAAGCAGGAAGUUCAUUCUCACUGACAGGAAUGAAGUCGAAACUUUUUGGUGGAGACACACCUGAACAAAGAGAACAAAAAAUUAAACAGUUAGAGGAACAAAUUAAACAGGCUGAUAGUGACCUUAGGAAAGUCGGAGAGGAAACCCAAAAGUUUAUUGACACAGCUUUAAGAGACAUAGACAGAUUCAAAAGACAGAAAGUGAAAGAUUUAAGAGAAAUAUUUACAAAUUAUGCCAUCAUGCAGAUCAAACAAUGUAAAAAGGGAAUAGCUGUUUGGACAAGUGCUAAAGAUUGUUUGACAAAGAUGUGACCAUUUAGACCAGAAUGGAGAACUUGUGUGGCUUAAAACAGAAGAAAAAGGAAAAAAAUGGAUCAAUGAUCCAACAAAUGAGCCUGAUGCCUGAACUAUAAAUAGAAAAGACACUUUUCAAAAGUAUAUCCUGGUUGUUGUUCUGUUCCUUUUGGGUUCACAUUUUAAUUAAAAAUUUUGCCACUGGACAUUAAACAACCAACAAUCAAUCAAUCAUUAAAUUUGACUGAUGUAUAGUGAAAAUUAAAGGAAGCCAGAUAUUAUUAACAUUGAGGCAAUUUUUGAAAACACUAUUUUGAAGGUAAGUAUAACAUGUAUGAAGAAUAAAUAUUCAUACAGAAUCAAUAAACACAAACACAUUUUUGUAAGACAGCAAACAUUUUCCGGUUGUAAAUUGGUAUCGCGUCAUCACAGGACAUUUGGUUUCCAGACAAUAACUUGUAUGCUUGUAAAUUAUGUAUAAGAAAUGCUGUAUUGUCUUGAGGUUAUUAGCUGUCAAUAUAUUUUUUAGAAGUUACUAUUAAAUGUUGACAAAGGAGUUUUAUUCUUAGAUAUUACUAGAUAUAAUAUUAAUUUUAAUUUUAGCCUAUGUCAUUUUAUAUUUUAAGACUUUUAUGAUGUAAUGAAAUUGGUAACUAUGGUUGCAAACUCCAUUAGAAAUUUUAAUUGAGAUUAUAACCAUAUCUUCACGAAAGAAUGUUUUUGGAAAAAUGAAGUACACCACUAAUUCAUGGUUUCAUUGCUUUCUAUGUUAAAUUCCUCCAUUUCAAGCAGGCACACCUCUUUCAUUUUAAGUUCAAAUAAAGUGGCAAUCAUUGCAUUUCAAAGCAACACUUCAUAAUUUCUUGUACUAAAAAAAUCAACAUACCUUUAAUGGCAUAUAAGAAAGAACUGGUUCCCGGAACUUCGGAUGUACCAAAAACAGGUACUUCAGAUCUGACAAAUAGACUCUUUUUAAAAUUUGUUGCAUUUUUUUUAAUAUUUAAAAUUAAGUCCAAAAGUGUUCUACAAUGAUCACCAGUCCUUCAACUUUCAUUUGAUGCCAUAAAAACCUAAAUAUCCUACAUAUUUUGAAAGUAACACUCAUGCGUAGGAACUUUUUUGUGUUAAAUAUGUACCACUUUCUGGUAUAUGCUUUCUGGACGGGCUCGAAUUAGUGGUGUUACACCUAUAACAGAACCAAACUUGCUAUUUUGACUUGAGCAUUACUUUAUUUCAUUCUAUGACCUAUUUCAAGCAAUAAAAAACAUAUUAAGCUUUAGUCUAAAUACUAAUUUUAAGCUCAAAUUGGACUGGUAGUAAUAUAUGGGUUAUUCAAGAAAACUGCAUAUGGAUAUUAUAUUUUGGCCAAUAUACUUUUUUUAUUCUCAAUAUUAUUGUUUUAUUUAUCAAUAUCUUUUAGGAAAGCUAUGUGCUUACCAAUAGUCAUAUUUUUAUCAGAGGUUUUUCAUUAAAUAAAAAUAUAUUUGUCCAAACUUGAGAUAUAAUUGAGAAUAUUGUCCCCCUUUUUUUUCAAAUUGGCAAAGGGCCUUUUUUUGUAUAAAUCAUUCUUCUGUGGUAAAACAUAGAUUAUUAAGAGCAAUUUAUAUAUUGCUCAGCUAGAUAACUUGCUAAACUGGUUCAAAAUUGAAUGUACAGUGAGAUUUUGGAAUUCUUAUAUGAGUAUAAACAUUUGUCUAGAUUGUAAUAGGCUACCAUAAGAAAAACAAUAAAACUUGAAAAAUCAUAGGAUUAUAUGACCAAGAGUCUAUUUGUACCAUACACAAGUCAUAAUAUACAUGUUUUAUUGAUUUCAAUCACAAAUAAUGCAAAAAUAAGAACUUGGAGUCAAGUCUUAACUGCAUGCAUGUUGUAUGACCAUAACGGCUAAAGUACCUUAGUAUGCCAAUUUAAGAGCUGAAAUUUCCCUUACACAAAAUUAUUCACCAAAAAAAGAUGACUGAACAUGAUUUCUAAUAUCAAAUUUGACUUAUUUUCAUUGGAAUAGGUAAAACUUUUAAAAAUUGGAUUUCUGAUGGAUCUCUGUAAUAGGAAGUACACCACUAACUUCUUCAUGAUCCCAUUUCUUUCUAUGUUAAAUUCCUCCAUUUCAAGCAGGCACACCUCUUUCAUUUUAAGUUCAAAUAAAGUGGCAAUCAUUGUAUGUCAAAGCAACACUUUAUGGUGUCUUGUACUGAAAAAAUCAACAUACCUUUAAUGGCAUACAAGAAAGAACUGGUUCCUGGAACUUAUAAGGAUGUACCAAAACUGGUACUUCAGAUCUGACAAACAGACAAAAUGUAUCCUCUUUUUAAAAUUUAGUGUAUUUUUUUUAAUAUUUAAAAUUAAGUCCAAAAGUGUUCUACAAUGAUCACCAGUCCUUCAGCUUUCAUUUGAUGCCAUAAAAACCUAAAUAUCCUACAUAUUUUGAAAGUAACACUCAUGCGUAGGAACUAUUUUGUGUUAAAUAAGUACUACUUUCUGGUAUGUGCUUUCUUGCCGGGCAAAAAAAACCCAGGGUAACAGGUUUUUUUUGGGGUCAGUUCUCAACAGUAUAGUGUAAAUUCAAAUCAUAUAACAAAUUUUAAGUACUACAGUAAUUCUGUGUCAGAAAUUCACACCUGUAUCAAGCUUGAACAUUGUGUCCAUUUUGGCCCCAACUUUUCAAGGUUGGACAUCUGCGGUCGUAUCUAGCUGCACCCAGUGAGGCAAUUUAUUUGUUCAUAAAUUAGCCUGUUAAUUUUUUCGUAAGAAAUGUUUUUCAUUUGUCAUUUCGAGGUCCUUUAUAGCUGACUAUGCGUUAUGGGCUUUUAUGUUGCUUUUGUAGGUUCCAAACUGCUUGAAAACAAUCUUUGGUGAAAUAUCAUGAAAAGGGUCUGGUGCAAUAUAAUAAAGUUUGUUCGUGUAUAGGACCUUGACAGUAAAGAUGUAUUAAUAUCAGUUGGGCUAAGUUUUUAUUCAUCACAUGUUGAUUUUACCAUAUUAAAGCUGGAGUUUUUUUCAGGAUGUAGAAUAAGAGAUCUUGUUACAUAUAAUACUUUUUGCAUUAAUGUAUCUGUUCCGGACCAUAUGAGUAUCUGGACCAUACGCGUCGGUCAUGACCAUAUGUGUAUACUCAUAUGGUCCGACCAUAUGAGUAUAUACUCGUUUGGUUAUAAACGGGCCGGACCAUAUGAGUAUUUGGACCAUACAGGUAUUUUUUUCAAUAAUAUGCAUUAGAAAACUUUAUAAAAAAAACAAUGAUUACUACAUGCAAUUGUAUUAUUUACAAUUCAGAUAACAUUAAAUAGCGAUGCUAAAGUUAGUUUUCAUGGCUAAGUUGUAUUCUUGCAUGUAUGUGUAGGGUGACAUUUACUUCCAGACGGUACAUGUACCAUAGCUUUUUCUUAGGGGCCUGGGUCAUUCCGAUGUGUCUACGGUGAUUUUAAAAACCUCUAGAUCAAUAUCAUAAAAUGACUGAAGUACAUCAUAUCACCAGACAACUUUAAAAAAUAAACUAGUGUCCUUGCUGUUGACGUCAUUCAUUUUUAAAAAAAACAAAACAUGUAUAAGUAUAAAAAAUUCUGAAUAUUGACUUCUAAUGCUUAUUAUAUUAAGUUUCAAAAGUGAGCAAAUUAUUAGACUCUUUAUCCUGUCGACUUUUAUGUCAGGUUAUAGUAAAACAGUUGACUUCUUGUGUAACAAUUCAGUUAAAAAAAAUUUGGAAGUUGUCUUCCCAGGUCGACAUUUUGCCAUUCACUCGUAAUAUUAAACAUAAUUUAUUAUCGGUAAUGAAAAAAAAUUUGUUUACUAUAAUUUUAACUAGUGAUGAAAUUUACUGUGUGAAACUGCUUAUUUUAUUUUGUUAAUCUUGUUAUUAAUAAUUUUUAAUAGAUCUAUGAUAAAAUGACCUUUGGUAGUGUCUUUUUAAUGACGUGACAUCUAGAAGAGUUAAGCAUAUAAGUGUACCUGUUAAUUAACCCGACCAUACGCGUAUGGUCCAACCAUAGGCGUAUGGUCCAAAUACUCAUGGUCUGGAACAUAUCCAAAGAAUACAAAAAAUAGUAAAAAUCUAUAUAUUCUAAUAUGACAUGUUUUGUGCAUUUAUAAAAAUUACUAAAAUGCAAAUAGUAUAUCUCAAUUCAAAUAGUUGACAAAAUAAGCAUAACUUUACUGAAAUCAUGCAUACACAUAAUACCUACAUCUUUGCCUUUUUGUGAUCACAUGGUCAACUAUGCAAUUAAUUCCUACAAAGAUAAAUCAACAUUCUCUAAAGUCUGAAUUUACAGAACCCUUUUCAUCUUGUCCAACAGAUUAUAAUUUGGGUUUCUACAUAACUGAUAAAGUAUAUGUUUUAGAUACAUAUAAUUGCUUUUCUUAAAUAAACAAACAUUGCUGAAUCUAUUGAGAAAAAGUACUAAACCUGUGGAUAGUCUAUAUGUCAUAAAUAAAAAGAUUAAAAUAAAAAAUAGUUUUAUGAAAAUAAAAUUAAGCAAAACAAUCAUUUGUGAAUAAUAAUUGGGGACAAUUGUGUGUACCUACACUAUUUAGUACAUUAUUCAUCCCCCCAUUUGUUAUGUAAUGUAAGGAUUUUAGGAUUUUAUAGGAGACAAUCUUUAUGAAUUGUAAGAAAUGUUUUGUUUUCAGAAAAUAUAAAUGCCCCCACAUGUUUUACAUAGCACAUUCUGUAAUAUUAUUCUUGGCCACCCUGCUUUAUAUGUAUUGAACAUGUAUAUACAAAUUUGAAAGUUAAAGUCAUAAGAAUCCUCAAAUAAAAAAAAAUAAUGCAUAUGUUUUUUAUAACUUAAUGGAUAGUUUUGAUUAUAAAACUUAUGUACAGAUACUUUUUUCUGAAGAAAAUUCUUUAAUUUAUUCAUAUUUAAAAGAAGUUUACUUUAUUUUAAUUGCUUCCUUCCAGCAAGCUAUUCGCCCGACAUAUUUUCCGUAUGCAAAGUGACCUCAGUGUGACCCGUCUCGUAAAAAUCCGGUGAUCACAAUACGCAUGGAUGUCCUUAAAAUAAACUAUUAUCUCAAUUUACAUGUUAAACACGUGCUCUUUUCCAUGCUUUUUUGUUUAUUUUUUGUCGAUUGUUGACAAACAGGUCACCAUCGUUAAACUCCGGCUUCAAAACACGAAAUUUAAUUACCUGCCAUAUUUUCAGAACAACACUGAC